GCGCUAUCGCCGGCGACCGCCGCCGCCAUUUUGUUAAGUCAUUCACGUUGCGCGAGUUAAGGUUAAGAAGCGAGGGUUAUUUUAUUUUAUAAGAAUUUGCAUUUAAACUCGAGCUAUAAAGGAUGGCGCAGAGCAAACUGAACGAUCUGGCCGGUAAAUUCGGAAAGGGAGGUCCACCCGGUCUGGGAAUUGGACUGAAACUGCUCGCAGUCGGCGGCGCCGCUGCUUACGGCGUCUCCCAGGCCAUGUACACAGUUGACGGUGGUCACAGAGCCAUCAUGUUCAACCGUAUCGGUGGCAUCCAGAAGGAGAUCUACACUGAAGGUCUUCACUUCCGUCUGCCCUGGUUCCAAUACCCAAUCAUCUAUGACAUCCGCUCCAGGCCCAGGAAGAUCUCCUCACCCACUGGAUCCAAAGAUCUGCAGAUGGUCAACAUCUCGUUGAGAGUGUUGUCCAGGCCUGACGCCAUCCAACUGCCAAACAUGUACAGGCAGUUGGGUCUCGAUUAUGAUGAGAAGGUCCUUCCAUCUAUUUGCAACGAAGUACUGAAAUCUGUUGUUGCCAAGUUCAACGCCGCCCAGUUGAUCACCCAGAGACAGCAGGUUUCUCUUCUGGUGCGUCGCGAAUUGGUCGAGAGGGCGCGCGACUUCAACAUCAUCCUCGACGAUGUCUCCAUCACUGAAUUGUCCUUCGGCAAGGAAUACACCGCUGCCGUCGAAGCCAAGCAGGUGGCGCAGCAGGAGGCUCAGAGGGCCGCCUUCAUCGUCGAGAAGGCCAAGCAGGAGAGGCAACAGAAAAUCGUCCAAGCCGAGGGUGAAGCUGAGGCUGCGAAGAUGUUGGGUGAAGCCAUCAGCAGGAAUCCUGGUUACUUGAAGUUGAGGAAAAUCAGGGCGGCUCAGAACAUUUCCAGAACGAUCGCCAACUCUCAGAACAAGGUCUACCUGAGCGGCAACAGUCUGAUGUUGAACAUCCAAGACAAAGAGUUCGACGACUCCUCCGAUAAGUUGAAAAAUGGUUACGGAUCGACCACGAUCUCCUCCGCCGAGGGUGGACAGAAACAAAGUGUCGCGUCUUCGGCCGCAGAAGCCGCUAACAUGAUUACAGGCAACGACAAAUGAUACAUUUCGUUUCGUUGACAACUUUUGCAUUUAAUUCGUAAUAGUUUUCUUGUGCACUCUCACUCAUGUUACAACGCCUACAAGACUACUUGGUAGUAUAGAACAUAGUUAUCACAUAUUAUGACACCUACAAGGGAGAAUUAAA